CGUACAACGAGAUUUAGCAGUUAAAAAAAAGUGUCUCUAAAUAAUGGAAGGGCGUGGCGUAUUUGGGGUGAGAAAUAUUGAUAGAAAAUCAUCAAUAGAAAAUGAGCCAAGAACUCUCAGUUUUGAUCAAAUCAAAUAUGCAAGGGAGGCAGCUUUGUAUGUGAUGAAUACAAGAAGCAUGGAAGAAGCCGUAAAUAUAUUUACUGAGGGACUAGAGCCAGUGGUGAAUAUAGGGCGAGGUGAAGGUUCAUUAGGUAAAGAACUGAAGUGUAUUCAGUCCGAAUUGCCGAUCCCUCAUGAUGGAAUAAGAGACACUGUAUCUGCACCAUUUUAGAAGAAUUUUUUUAGAUAGACUCAGUCUAGCACAUUAUCCGUGGAUUAAGCCUGUCACAUAAUGACACGUCAUUAAAAUGAUAGCAAUCUUAUAAUAUUAUUAUUCAAAAGUAUAAAUAAGUAAUAAACGAAUGUACAAGAUUGCCAUCAUUUUAAUGACGUGUCAUUAUAUGAUAGGUUUAAUCCACGGAUGACGUGAUGGACUGAGUCUACCUAAAAAUCUCUCCCAUCUGAAGCUUCUAAUCUUAAUCCUGUAAUAUAUCAACGGUACGUUAAAAAAAUGCAUGAGUAGGUUUAGUUACUGAUGACCUGUAUAUAUAGCUUCAUUUCCAUUAUAAUGCUAUACUUUUGUUUGUUUUUUUGGGCUUUAAGAGAAGGAUGAUAAUUCUUUCAUGUUUUUAUUUUUACUGUAAUUAUUAUACAUUCAAGUGUAUUUUUGUCUUUUAAACGUCGUGUCAUAGAGACAGAAAACAAUUACAGGCUCCAAUAAGAAUAUAUGGGAAAUAUUUGAGACAUUUUAAUACA